CCCCAAGUAACACACCACAUAUUUCUGUUGUAGCAAUGCCUGCAUUUCUGUAUUUCUCUAAGCUUUUUUUCUUUCACCCAUUUUUUUUGUCUUUUAGCCAUAGCACGGCCUUUUGUGCUUUUUUGUUUGUUUGUUUUUUGCAAAGUCACUGUUGCAGGAUGACCUUUGUCCAGCUCUUCCCUCUCCCUUCUGCUUUCCUGCCCCUUGACACCUCUCCAAUUGAGGUACAGCGCUUUCCCUGCGUGAGCAAAGUGUCCCGUCCGCCUUCGGGCACCAGGAGCCUCCCGCACUUGGGGCACAAGGUCCAGUGCAGCUGCGAAGUGUCUUCCUGCACGAGCAGAGGAAGUCGAAGACGGUCACACAAGCCGACAUGAAGGUGGAAUUGCUCCCGGCUCUCACGGACAACUACAUGUACCUCCUCAUUGAUGAGGAAACGAAGGAGGCUGCCAUAGUUGAUCCUGUGCAGCCCCAGAAGGUUUUGGAUGCAGUCAAAAAGCACGGCGUGAAGCUGACCACUGUCCUGACCACGCACCAUCACUGGGACCAUGCUGGAGGAAAUGAGAAGCUGGUAAAAAUGGCAACGGGGUUGCGUGUGUACGGGGGAGACAGCAGAGUCGGAGCCCUGACACAGAAAGUGUCUCACCUGACCUCGCUCAAGGUGGGAUCUCUUAACGUGAAAUGCCUCAGUACGCCGUGUCACACUUCUGGACACAUCUGUUAUUAUGUGACUAAGCCAAACAGCUCCGAGCCACCUGCUGUUUUUACAGGUGACACACUGUUUGUGGCUGGUUGUGGGAAGUUCUUUGAAGGAACCCCGGAGGAAAUGUACAGAGCGCUGAUUGAGAUUUUGGGCAGCUUGGAGCCGGAAACGAGAGUUUACUGCGGUCAUGAAUACACGAUCAACAAUCUCAAGUUUGCUCGACACGUUGAACCCAAUAACAUCUCCAUCCAGGAGAAGCUGGCUUGGGCCAAGGCGAAGUACGAUAGUGGUGAGCCAACCAUACCUUCCACCAUCGCAGAAGAGUUUACGUACAACCCCUUCAUGCGCGUGAGGGAGAAGACGGUUCAGCAGCACGCCGGGGAGACCGACCCCAUCCGAACCAUGGGGGCCAUCAGGAAAGAGAAGGACAACUUCCGAGUCCCCAAGGACUGAGCCUUCUGCCUGGAUCACUUUAAUGUCAGUUUAAGUGUAAUUUAGACUAUUCAGAUGUUUUAGGAGUUGAACUUUCUGUUGUGGUUGGGACAGUCAUACUUAGGUUUUUAUUUUGUUUUAGUUAAGGAAAAAAAAAAGCACUUUGCCCUUGUUGAGAUGUUCUACAGCAUAUUUAUAUUAUGAUGAAGAAUAUUUAUCCUUCUAUUGCUGGCUCUCAAACUGUUGCGUGUGUCACAUGCAGAUCAUUGUACAAAUGUUGGUACGUGGCUCAGUGUCAGGUGGGGAAAGGUCAAACCUUGGUGUCAAGGAAGAAGCUCCUGUUGGUUUUGUAGGAGCCUGAUGCGAAUGUAGACGGUGGGACCAGGGCCCAAGAUGUCUUUAUUUAAAAUAGAGGUAGAAAGCAGUAAUGAUAUUGCCAGGUGAAGAUUUGAACUUUUCUUCUGUGCUGCUACUUAAAUGCUUCCAAGUCUGUCGCUUCAGAGUCUGUCGCUUCUGGCUCCACUAAACCCAGCUCCCAGUGCCAGACGUGCUCUCCCACCAGUUCAGGGCUCAGUUUGUGCAGUGCACAGGGUGACGUGGCUCUGGGAUGGCACACGGGGGACUCUUCAGCUUUCGUCUUCUCUGAUGUUCCCCAUUGUCGACCGCCAGAACUUUUCCAGGCAGCAUGAUGCUGGCUCAGAGAUUGCAUUGUUGCUUAUACCCUUUCAGUCUUAAGCCUGUUUGCAUAUACCUGCUGACUGCUCUUCAGCGUGAUCUGUGUGUUACACAGAAAGGAUUUGUCUGCUGCUUCAAAAUCCUGAGAAAAAGGCACUUACCUAGUGACCAACUGCGUGUGUAACAGCUGAGCAGCGAUGAGACCUCCAGUAGAACCUGCCUGUAGCCAGAGCAGCUGCUUUGUACCUUGCUGUGAGUAAGGUGGCAAAUUAACUGGGUGCCGUUCUCCAGCGAGAGAACAGCUGUGCUGGGCCUGGGAGACUUUUUCUUGGUUGGUCCAUGGGGUUUAAAAUCCAUCUCUGUUGUCUGGGCAGUGCUGUAUGACCUGCUCUGCAGCCAGCUUGAAAACUACAGGGUGGGACCUUCCCCUUGGCUGUCACUGAGGGGGAAUAAUGUGUCAAAGUGGAUGAACUCUGGGGGAAAAUAAAUCCAGGUUUGCAAUGAGUGGAUCACCCCCCUCCUGCACUUCCCAUCCUCCAGCUCAGUGUCUUGGAACAAGAGAUGUGAGCGAAGGGUGUCAGGACCAGCCAUGUGGGCUUGGCAUCUGCAUCUUUAAUGCAUCUUCCUCCUAAUUGUAUUUUCAUCCUUAUUUCUUGGUCCGGGCUGCAUACUGCAGAUCUGCUCAGAUAGGAGAGGUUUUGAAACAAACGUUUCACAGCCAAAGCGAACAAAAGAUUUGCAGGAUUUUGGUUGCAGUUUCUCCCCUGGUGCCAAUUGGUGAGUGAUGCCUCGAUGGGGUCGCCCCCGCUGCGGUGUCACCGGUGUGAUGUUUGUCUGCUGCGCUCACCCAUAUACUGAAAGGCAGCGCCUGAGCGGGAUUUGCUAUGGCACCAUUUCUUUAUUUGCUUUCAAAAAGUAAAUUUUAUGUAGUUCAGAAAAAAACAAAUGUGGUACCUAAAAGUUUACUGGCUGCUUAACUUGAACGCUGUGCUGCUGCUACGGAGCGUGACUGUACAGGUGGCUGUUUGACAGAUGAGCAAAUAAAUAACAGCUGUAAACCGA